AUGGAGAAGUACGAGCGGAUCCGCGUGGUGGGAAGAGGUGCCUUCGGGAUUGUGCACCUGUGCCUGCGCAAGGCGGACCAGAAGCUGGUGAUCAUCAAGCAGAUCCCGGUGGAGCAGAUGACCAAGGAAGAGCGGCAGGCGGCCCAAAAUGAGUGUCAGGUCCUCAAGCUGCUCAACCACCCCAAUGUCAUUGAGUACUACGAGAACUUCCUGGAGGACAAGGCCCUCAUGAUCGCCAUGGAAUACGCACCAGGCGGCACCCUGGCCGAGUUCAUCCAGAAGCGCUGUAACUCCCUGCUGGAGGAGGAGACCAUCCUGCACUUCUUCGUGCAGAUCCUGCUGGCCCUGCACCACGUGCACACCCACCUCAUCCUGCACCGCGACCUCAAGACCCAGAACAUCCUUCUUGACAAGCACCGCAUGGUCGUCAAGAUCGGCGACUUUGGCAUCUCCAAGAUCCUCAGCAGCAAGAGCAAGGCCUACACGGUGGUGGGGACGCCUUGCUACAUUUCCCCUGAGCUGUGCGAGGGCAAGCCCUACAACCAGAAGAGCGACAUCUGGGCCCUGGGCUGCGUCCUCUAUGAGCUGGCCAGCCUCAAGAGGGCCUUUGAGGCUGCGAACCUGCCGGCGCUGGUGCUGAAGAUCAUGAGCGGCACCUUUGCGCCCAUCUCGGACCGGUACAGCCCCGAGCUGCGCCAGCUGGUCCUGAGUCUGCUCAGCCUGGAGCCAGCACAGAGGCCGCCGCUCAGCCACAUCAUGGCGCAGCCCCUCUGCGUGCGCGCCCUCCUCAACCUCCACACCGACCUGGGCAGCGUCCGGAUGCGGAGGGCAGAGAAGUCCCUGGCCACCGGGCCCCCCGCAGCCCCAGGCAGCUCCGGGAGCAGGACCACCAGUGCCCGCUGCAGGGGCGUCCCCCGGGGACCCGCUCGGCCAGCCAUCCCGCCGCCUCUGUCCUCCGUGUACGCCUGGGGCGGAGGGCUCAGCGCUCCUCUGCGGCUGCCGAUGCUCAACACGGAGGUGGUCCAGGUGGCCGCCGGGCGCACCCAGAAGGCGGGGGUCACCCGCUCCGGGCGCCUCAUCCUGUGGGAGGCCCCGCCCCUCGGCGGCGGAGGGGGCACCCUCCUCCCCGGGGCCGUGGAGCAGCAGCAGCCCCAGUUCGUCUCCCGUUUCCUGGAGGGCCAGUCAGGUGUGACCAUCAAGCAUGUGGCCUGCGGGGACCUCUUCACGGCCUGCCUGACUGACCGAGGCAUCAUCAUGACCUUUGGCAGCGGCAGCAACGGGUGCCUAGGCCACGGCAGCCUCAACGACAUCAGCCAGCCCACCAUUGUGGAGGCCCUGCUGGGUUAUGAGAUGGUGCAGGUGGCCUGUGGGGCCUCUCACGUGCUGGCCCUGUCCACUGAGCGAGAACUGUUUGCCUGGGGCCGCGGAGAUGGUGGCCGGCUGGGACUAGGCACCAGGGAGUCCUACAACUGCCCCCAGCAGGUGCCCAUGCCCCCGGGACAGGAAGCCCAGCGGGUUGUAUGUGGCAUUGACUCCUCCAUGAUCCUCACUGUGCCUGGCCAAGCCCUGGCCUGCGGGAGCAACAGGUUCAACAAGCUGGGCCUGGACCACCUCUCCCUGGGGGAGGAGCCUGCCCCCCACCAGCAAGUGGAGGAGGUGCUGAGCUUCGCACCACUGUGCUCUGCACCCCUGGACCAGGAGACGCUGCUGAGUGUGGACCUCGGUACUGCCCAUUCCGCUGCAGUGACAGCCUCUGGUGACUGCUACACUUUCGGCAGCAAUCAGCACGGUCAACUGGGCACCAGUGCUCGCCGAGGCAGCCGGGCACCUUGUCAAGUGCAAGGCCUGCAGGGCAUCAGGAUAGCAAUGGUGGCCUGUGGGGACGCCUUCACGGUGGCCAUCGGGGCAGAAGGUGAGGUGUACUCUUGGGGCAAAGGGGCCCGAGGGCGGCUUGGAAGGAGGGACGAGGAUGCGGCGCUCCCUCGUCCAGUGCAGCUAGAUGAGACACAUCCCUACACGGUGACUUCUGUGUCCUGUUGCCAUGGAAACACUCUGCUGGCUGUCCGCCCCGUCACAGAUGAGCCAGUCCCCCCCUGA